AUGCCUGUGUUUCAUACGAAGACGAUCGAGAGCAUUCUCGAGCCGGUGGCUCAGCAGGUAUCUCGGCUCGUAAUUCUCCAUGAAGAAGCUGAAGAUGGAAAUGCUAUGCCAGAUCUCACUCGACCAGUCAAUCUGGUGUCAAAAGCAGUCGACAACCUCAUAAAGGUUGGUUAUGACACAUGUGACUCGUCGGAUGAUCGCAUUUUGCAACAAGACAUGCCACCGGCUCUUCAAAGAGUCGAGAAUAGCUCACGACUGCUCGAGGAUGCUUGUCAUAUGCUCAAGGGCGAUCCGUAUUCUGUGCCCGCCAGAAAGAAGCUUAUCGAUGGAGCUAGAGGGAUUCUCCAAGGAACCAGCGCUCUGCUCCUGUGUUUCGAUGAGUCAGAGGUCCGCAAAAUCAUCCGUGGUUGUCGCAAAGUGUUGGAUUAUCUUGCUGUCGCUGAAGUAAUUGAAAGCAUUGAUGAUUUGGCACAAUUUGUAAAGGAUAUCACCCCUUGGCUGUCACGUGUUUCAUCUGAUGUAUCAAAUCGACAGGCUGAGCUCACACAUCAGGUUCAUAGGGAUAUUUUGUGUAGAUGCUUAGAUCAGAUCCGUACUCUGUCACCUAUUCUUAUCUGCGCCAUGAAAAUCUUCAUUCAAAUCGGGCAGGACCAGCAGCGUGGCCAAGCAGAAGCUGCUGAAAAUAGGAACUACCUCGCGCAACGAAUGACUGAUGAGAUGCACGAAAUUAUUCGAGUUCUUCAAUUGACUACUUACGAUGAGGAUGAAUGGGAUGCAGACAAUGUUACAGUGAUGAGGAAAGCACUUUCAGCAGCUAAAUCUUUGCUGACAGCUGCGCUAGACUGGUUAGGCGAUCCUCGAGCGCGUCCUGGAGCUGUAGGGGAGAAGGCUAUUCGCCGCAUUCUCGACUACGCUGAUCGUAUUGCGUCCCGUGCACUUCCAGAAGACAGCUACGCUAUAAAGCGAUCGAUUUCUGAAAUACAGUCAUUAACUGAUGCCAUUUGUGAGCUUAGAAACCAAGGCAGAUAUGACAACGAGGGCUUGGCCGCAAGCUGUGCACAGAAGCUCAAGGAGCUCGUUGGAACAAAGCACAGUUCUGGAAUGCUUCCGGAUGCGUUAAUGAACGCUCACCGCAUGGGUGGAGCCAAUCCGGCUCACACUGCUGCUGGACGCCUCGAGCAGGCCCUUAGAUGGCUGGACAACCCAGGAGUGGACGAUGGUGGUCUUGGUCUCCGAGCUGUGAAAUUAAUGACAGAAGACGCGCGGCGUCUAGCUGAUCGGCUUAAUCCACAAGACAGAAAUCAUCUACUUGGAUUGUGCUCUGAUAUUGACCGAUUGGCAAGUCAAUUAGCUGAUUUGGAACGGCGUGGUCUUGGCAAUACGCCAGAAGCAAACGCAAUCCGUCAACAGCUUAAGGAUAAACUACGAGAGCUGUCAGAUUUCAUGAAGAAGAUUCUUACGGAUCGGGUGGUCGAAGAUUUUGCUGAUAUUACCACACCACUGAAGCAAUUUGUGGAAGCCGUCCACGCAGAACCCCAUGCACCGAACAGGGAAGGGAACUUCGCUGAUAAGUCUGACCGAUUGCGACAACACGCUGGCAGUAUGACAUCUACGGCUCGCCUCGUUGCAACAUGUGGCCCAUGUAAGAGCAAAAAUACAAUCGAGGCUAUCGUUGAUACUGCAGAGAAGGUCGAUCAGAUGACACCACAACUAGUCAAUGCUGGUAAGAUUCGACUUCACAACCAAACCGAUUCUGCUGAACAGCACUUUGAGAAUCUACACAGACAAUACGCAGACGCCUUGCACCGUCUGCGUUCUCACGUCGACGACGCCAUCGACACGCAUGAAUUCGUUCGUGCGAGUGAAAAUGCAAUGCGACGCUACACUAACCGAUGUGAAGAUGCCAUUUCCAACAGCUACCCACAGGGUAUGGUGGAUAAUACCUCUCAAAUCGCUCGUCUUGGUAAUCGCGUGCUGAUGGCAGCUCAGAAUGAGGCCGACAACUCGGAGGAACCUGCGUACUGCGAUCGAGUAAACAAUGCGGCGAACCAAGUGCGCGCCGCCAUUCCUCCAAUGGUCACGCAAGCGAAACAAGUAGCAAUGAGUCCUCGCGACACGGGCGCUGCAAACGCAUGGCGCAACGCUAACGAUCGUCUUCUGGACUCUGUCAAAGCAGUUGGUGAUGCUAUAGCUGGAAUUCAAAACGGUCGACAUUCGGCCUACCAGGAUAGUCUGAGCAGAGCAUCACCUUAUCAACCACCACAGCAAACCUCUCAAGUUCUCCGCACUGUCCCACCACAAGCGCCGACUCCACCUGUGGUGCACAACAAAAUGAUAAUCCGAGAGGAGAUUCCGGCUCCACCCAGACCACCACCACCAGUUGAGAUCAGUCCUCCACCACGACCGCCACCGCCGCCAGAGUACGACGACGAAGAAGAGACAAGAGCAUUCUGGGAGAGGUAUCCAUUGCCACAAGCAAGUCAUCAGCCAAUCUUGUCUGCUGCGCAUUCGCUGCAUAAUGAACUCAAACAAUGGUCAAGUCAGGAGAACGAGAUCGUGGCGGCAGCAAAACGUAUGGCCAUUCUUAUGGCUCGUCUUUCACAACUCGUACGUGGUGAAGGUGGAACCAAAAAGGACUUGAUCGAAUGCGCUAAAGCUAUCGCAGACUCUAGCGAAGAAGUGACCCGACUCGCUGUUCAACUUGCUCGUCUUUGCACAGAUCUCAAAAUGCGAAUGGCACUCCUCCAAAUGGCCGAGCGUAUACCAACAAUCGCUACGCAAUUAAAAGUGUGCUCCACUGUGAAGUCAACAAUGUUCGGAACAUCAAUGACCAUCGGACCGUACGGAGAACAAGUGGACGGUAGUGAAGAAGACAUCGAAGCGAUGGAACAAUUGGCGCACAAUGCUCAGAACCUCAUGCUCGCUGUCAAGGAUACGGUACGAGCGGCGGAAGCGGCCAGCAUUAAGAUCAAGACCAACUCCGGUCUCCGUCUCCGCUGGAUUCGCAAACCGAUGUGGUCAAACUUCUAA